AUGCCGCAGAGCCUAGAUGUCCCCGAAGAGAGGUGGAGGAGAUUCAAGCACGUGGGCAAGGACGCACCGACGAGGCGACAGCAGCGGAUAGCAGUCAGCCUGGAGCUCCGGAAAGCCAAGAAGGAUGAGCUGGCCAUAAAGAGAAGGAACAUCACUCACGUCUCCCCUGACCCAGCUUCCGGAGAGUCAGCUGAAGAGAUGACUCUCACCCUGCUGGACAUCAUCAGUGCUGUGAAUACCUCAGACCCAUACCUCUGUUUCCAGGCCACGCAGGCAGCCAGGAAAAUGCUGUCCCGAGAAAGCAACCCCCCUCUGGAGCUGUUCAUCCAGGCAGGGCUGAUUCCCAGACUGGUUGAGUUCCUGAAGUCGUCACUUCACCCGUCCUUGCAGUUCGAGGCCGCCUGGGCUCUCACCAACAUCGCCUCAGGGAACUCGGAGCAGACCCGAGCCGUGGUGGAUGGGGGCGCCGUCCCGCCCUUGGUGGCGCUCCUGUCCUCCCCACACCUGACCGUGUGUGACCAGGCAGUGUGGGCACUGGGCAAUAUAGCAGGGGAUGGGCCAGUGUUCAGGGACAUUGUCAUCUCAAGCAAUGCCAUUCCCCACCUGCUCUCCCUGGUCUCUCCGACCACACCGGUCACGUGCCUGCAGAAUGUUACCUGGACCCUGUCCAACCUGUGCCGGAACAAGGACCCGUACCCUUGCGAAGCGGCCGUGAAGCAGAUGCUGCCCACCCUCUCCCAGCUCCUGCAGCACCAGGAUGCCAAGGUGCUCUCAGACGCCUGUUGGGCCCUGUCCUACCUCACCGACGGCUCCAACGAGCGUAUCGGCCACGUGGUGGAUACAGGGGUCCUGCCUAGGCUGGUGGAGCUCAUGGCCAGCACAGAGCUCAGUAUCCUGAUGCCCUCCCUCCGCACCGUGGGCAAUAUUGUCACAGGCACGGACCACCAGACGCAGGUGGCCCUGGACGCCGGCAUGCUGAGUGUGCUGCCCCAGCUCCUGGAGCACCCGAAACCCUCCAUCCAGAAAGAAGCCGCCUGGGCGCUCAGCAAUGUGGCCGCGGGACCCUGCCACCACAUCCAGCAGCUCAUCGCCUGCGAUGUGCUCCCACUGCUGGCCGCGCUCCUGAAAAAUGGGGAGUACCGAGUCCAGAAAGAGGCUGUCUGGACCAUUGCUAACUUCACAUCGGGAGGCACCAUGGAUCAGCUAAUCCACCUUGUCCGUGCUGGCAUCUUGCAGCCGCUGCUGAAUCUGCUUAGUCUCCACGACACCAAAAUGGUUCUCAUUGUCCUCAACAUCAUCUCGUACAUCUUCCAGGCUGCCAAAUCCUUUUCCCAGAAGCAGAGCUUGUGUCUUCUCGUGGAGGAGUUCGGUGGCAUUGACAGAAUCGAGGCGUUACAGUUCCACAAGAACCCGCAGAUCGCACUGACGGCCUCCAGGCUUAUGGAGAGACACUUGUGUGAGGAAGAAGAACGUGAAGCAAUGUGCUCGGCUCUAGAAGAAAAUAAAGCCCUGUACUCGGCUCCGGACACAGACCAUGAACUCUUGAAGCCACCUGCAGCCCUGCACAGCAAGGGGGAAAUGCUGCGAGUGCUGCCCAGUCCACAUUCUCAGACGCUGCCUCAGGCCUGA